UCAGCUACAGCGCUGGGAUCAGCGCGUGCGAGAAGGGCGCGCAGUGGCAGCCGGCGCUCCUGCUGCUGAGCGAGAUGCGGGAGGCGAAGCUGGAGCCCAACCCUCAGUCAGCUACAGUGCUGGGAUCAGCGCGUGCGAGAAGGGCGAGGAAUGGCAGCCGGCGCUCGCGCUGCUGA